GGAGAGCUUUGAAUAGGGAAGUUUCGCAGGGGGUGACAUUUGCAGCGGCUCGCACUGUUUGCAAAUAUUGUGCGGGCUCCCGAGCAAGUGUCCUCUGCAAGCCACGGGAGAGCAGCGCGGCGGCGGCGCCAGCCUUUGGAGACUUUGCCAUUCAACUUUGCAUGAAACUUUGCCUUUUUAUUAUUAUUAUUAUUAUUAUUUUUCCCUUUCGUUCUUCCUAGCGCUCCGACAGGAAUUAUUAUUACACGGCUUUUAUUAUUGUUGUUGUUAUUUUUCUGCUUCUGGAGAAGGGGGGGUGGAGGGGCUCGGCCAUUGGCACCCCCGCGCACACGCGUCCCCUCCGCACACAGGAGGCUUUGUGUGCUCGUGCCCAGCACUGACUUUGUUGUUGCAACUUCCGAGACAUGGAUGUUCUCCCAAUGUGCAGCAUCUUCCAGGAACUCCAGAUUGUGCACGACACUGGUUACUUCUCCGCUUUGCCAUCUCUGGAGGAAUAUUGGCAACAGACGUGUUUAGAGCUGGAACGGUAUCUUCAAAGUGAACCCUGUUAUGUGUCUGCAUCUGAAAUUAAAUUUGAUAGCCAAGAGGAUCUCUGGACCAAAAUUAUUCUGGCACGGGAGAAAAAGGAGGAAUGUGAACUGAAGAAUACCUGCAUUCCAAAAGAGGACAAUCCUAGUAGCCAGAACAUAGAGACCAACAGUUUGAAUUCAGAUGUUAGCAGUGAAUCUUCAGACAGCUCUGAGGAACUUUCACCUACUACUAAGUUUACCUCUGACCCAAUAAGUGAUGUCUUAGCCAAUUCGGGAAACUUGAGUUCAUCCGUCACUUCUACACCACCAUCUUCUCCUGAGUUGAGCAAGGAACCUUCUUCUCAGAUAUGGAAUUGUAUACCUGGUGAAUUGCAUUCACCAGGUAAAAUUCGUACUGGUACCAUUGGAAAGACUUCAGAAAAAGGUACCCCUGUCAAUGGCGACUCCUCACCGGAUGGCAGGAGACGUGUUCACAGGUGUCAUUUCAACGGUUGCAGGAAAGUUUACACCAAAAGUUCACAUCUGAAAGCACAUCAGCGCACUCAUACAGGAGAAAAGCCUUACAGAUGUUCAUGGGAAGGGUGUGAGUGGCGUUUUGCAAGAAGUGAUGAGUUAACCAGACACUUCAGAAAGCACACUGGUGCCAAGCCUUUUAAAUGUAGUCACUGUGACAGGUGUUUUUCCAGGUCUGACCACCUGGCCCUUCACAUGAAGAGACACCUCUAGAUGGGUCAAGAGGUGAAUCCUGCGGGCUAAGAGGCUUCAAGGUUGAACAGCCUUGAAAGGAGGGAUGCGUGUUCCAGCCAAAGCAUGCCAUUUUGCACCCUACCCAGUUGCCUCCAGGACCUCUCUUCCUUGAAGGUCUUUUGAGGGCUAAUAAGUCAUGUAAGAAAUGGCAUAGCAACCGUGGUGCGUGAUGUUUGGGGUUUCCUGGACUCAUACACUGGUACCUAACCUUCUGAGUGGCUCCUAAGCCUUUGCUGUGAGCAUGUGCACUGAGAAUGUUAAUGAUUGGGCGACUGUAUGUUAUGAGGAUCUAUUGAUGACUGUAUGCUGAGGCACAUUUUUUUUCUUUUGGUUGUUUUAUAACUGUAAGAAAAAAAGUCUGAAUGUUUUGUAUGUAAGGACUAUACUGCGAGAUGGGACGACCACCAAUCAUUUCCAAGGGGUGGGGGGAGGGGUGCCUGCACCUUUUAGAGGAAGACAUGGAGAGGGGAAGGGGGAAAAAAAGUCAGGAUGGCAGAAUGGAGAUGGGGACACCCCCCAUUCCUGUGUGAGAGGAGCUUUAGGUGUCUGGUGCAGCUAUUAAACGUGCAAUGUGUCAAGUAGCUUGUUUUACUUGCUACAGAGCUCAUUUGUAAUCCAUUGUAUAAGCUGUGUAUUUACAAAUAUAACACAACUAUAACUUUUCAUUAUAAUACAAAGGUUAUUGCAUGGUUCUGGGGAACUAUAUGCUUUUCCAUUCUUUAAUCAGGACUGCAGUUUUGAUUCCAGUUAAGAGCAGCUAAAAUACAAUUGGUCUAAUGUUACAUAAUAUAUGGAACCUGAAUAAUUUUUUCUGUUGGGUGGAUAAAACCACUAUUGGUUAGAAACUGAUUUUUCUCAUGCAGCUAAUUUUUCUCUUAUUUAUGCCUUGAGGACUAAUUUCUGGUUUUUCUAGCUGUUAAUGCACUGUUGACCUUAAUAAUGGUGCCUUAUGCAAGUGACCUUCUCUUGUAGGGGGUCUUAUACAGGGGUAUGGGUGAUGCAUGCUUUAUUAAGGCUCUCUUUUCACCUGGCAUUGUACUGUAUCAAGUGUAUAAUAUGAGGGGGGGAAAAAGUUACUCCUGGGGUCCUCCUUCACAAAGACAAAUAUAGAGAAAAGUCCUUCAUGUCAGUACAGUAUUUGUUAAACUAGACAAUUUGACUGUGUUACAGUAUAAUGCAUAUAACAAUUGAAUACCUGACCAAUUUUGCCACCUUGAGACUUUUUUUAUAUUGACUUGCACAACAAUUGUGUAUAUACACACCCCAACUGUACUUAAUAUGGAAAGUUUUCAUGCAUAUUAAAGAUACAGAAGUAUUAAAAGAUGUAUUUGCUUAAAAGGCACAAGUUUCACAUCUAUAUAUCUAGCUAUCUGUUGGUCAUACAGAAAGAAAUUAUGAUACUUUUUUUUUUAAAAAGUGGGCAGAAAAAUUCUUGUGUAUGUAUAUUUGUGUGUACAGUCUGUGUAUGUGUGUAUAUAUAGAGAUAAUAUAUAAAUAUUUUUUUAAAGGGAAAAAGAAAUUAGAAAACGUAGCUAGAAAAUGCCACAGCCUGUGAAGAUUUUUUUUCCCCCAAUAUGGCCAUAAAGGAGACAAAGAAAUGAAAGAUACAGCUAUUAAAAUCUAGCAUUUUAGAGGCUUUACCUUUAGCUUAAUGGUUUGCUAAAGGCUUUGUUGGCAUUCAGUCUUUCUCAGACUGCUGACUGUGUUUUGUAGUUAUUAGGUUGUCUGGAAUAGCAUAUCUGUGGCCAUUAAAAAAUGGCAUGGACAAAUAUUGGCAUGCUGAAAGAAUAUUAGUUGGGUACAGAUGAUGUACGUUAAGAUUUUGGCCUUCAAGAUUGUUGGAGGAUCUGUAAGUGAGCUAAUUAUUGUGGAGGUUAAGUUCUAAUUUUAAAUAGUACACCUAAAAUAAAGAACAUAAGGCUGUUUCCUCUUAGAUUAGAAAUAGUCUGUCAAAAAGCAGUAAACUUUUUUUUUAAAAAAAACAGCUCACCACAGUUGGAUGCAAUUAACCAUGUGGUCCAUAUUAUUUUUUUAUUUAUUUAUUUUUGGUCUUGCUUACUAUGCUAAUAUUUUGGCACAUCUUCCUGGAAACGUGUGUAGAUUAGUGAUAUAAAAACAGUAUAUGCAAAGUACCUGGUUCCAAGGAACAGGCAGGCCUAAAUCAUUCUCUCUCUUCAUUGUUUUAGAAUGCCUGAAAAUGCACUUUUUUUUUUUUUUUUUUGGAACACAAACAAUUCCCAGAAAAUGGAUUUACUCUCUUUCUUUGUUUUUAAGCUCCUUAUUUGCAAUGUUAUUUGCUUAGCCAUACAAUUUCUGAUAAAUUAAAGCAAAAAAAAAACAAAAAAAAACUUGCACUGGCUUGUCUCAAUUGUGAAAUACCAUCAGACUUGUUUGGAAGGGGUGGGGCUGUGUGCCAUAUGUCAAAUGCCUGUCAUUUUCAUAAUAAGCAAGUACAUUCUGUUCAGGUGAUAACUGAGCCUCAAUCAAGCUGAAAAAAAAAUAAAACAUUUUUGCUUGAAAUUUAAGAAGAAAAAGUUUCUAUUAGUGAAAUUUUCCUUUUUUUGUUUUUGAAGCACCCUGUUAUCUAAAGAAUCUCUUUGUAAGAUUUUUGUAAAGAUUUUGUUUUACAAGAUUUUAUUUGAAAUUGUUUUUUGCAAGAUUGUUAUAUUUCUGUAUGAAUGUAUUUUUUAUUGGAAUAACAUAAAAAAGAAAUUCUUAUCAGCAA